ACAAUAUGAAUGAGACAGUUAAGUUUGGAAAGUUUAACAUCUCAAAAGAUGAAGUUUUUUAUGAAAGUGAAUAUUCUAUGGGUAUUGUUAAUUUAAAGCCCAUUACACAAGGACAUGUUCUUGUUGCCCCAAAGAGGAAUGUUUCAAGAUAUUCUCUUCUUAGUAUUGAGGAAAUUAUAGAUCUUACCAAUUCAGCUAGGGAAAUUUGUGAGGUUCUUAAGGAUGAAUAUUUGAACAUGAAACAAGGCUAUAUAUGGCUGAUUCAGGAUGGAAAAGAAGCAGGGCAAACAGUUCCACAUGUUCAUUUACAUAUUAUACCAAAAAGAUUUUCAGAAUGGUAUCAAAGUGGUGGUGUAGAAGACCAAGAUAGAAUACCUAGAUCCAUAGAUGAAAUGAAAAAAGAAGCAAGUCGAUUAAAGAUAAUGUUUAAAAAAUAAUAGAAGAAUCCUUCUUAUUAACAAUAAUGAAGAACUAACAAG